AUGGUGGAUGCUAAACUUGGGGGAAGAAAACCUGUAAAGUCCUCCUCGCCCGUCGUACUCGCAGACGGAUCUGCCGUUAAGAAGAAGAGAAGGGCCGUUGUCAAGACUUUUUUCGGCUGCGACAAGUGCCGCCAAAGACGAAUAAAAUGUGAUCUCGCCAAGCCUUCUUGCAAUAACUGUAACAAGAGUGAUGUCAAAUGUCCUGGCUACGGGGUCACUCUUUGCUGGUUAUCACUCCCAAAAUUCACCCAGUCCGGUGACUUGGUUGUCAGCUCGUUGGCAUUCAAAAACGAAAACCGUUCCCAGCAAGAUAUAGGCAGUAAUGAAGGAUUCAGAAGACGAUUAGUGGGAUUUGUCAAAUGGGAAAAGGGAACCUCCAACAAACCAUAUGAUACAUACGAGGAUAUCGACCAGGAUCUCAUGAUUCUUGACAACUCCCAGGCCGAUGAGCAUGUCGAGAAGUUGGGCAAAACCAAGAUCCUCGGCCCAUUCGGGGUGUUUCAGAACAAAAGCCCCAAACUCCCAACCUCCGAGAACCUGGCCCCCACCAUCAGCAACGAACAUUUAUGGUUGUCUAAUGAGUUGCGUGAUGACGCGUUGUUGACGGCAGCUGCCUUGAAUGGAGACUCCCACUUGCUUGACUUCAUGACCUCGAAUAACAUUUCUCCCCAAGUAUUGAACACAGGAAGCCACACUCCGGUGGCCUCUGGAAACGGCAACGGUAUCACCGGCUCACAUGGAACACCGCCUCCUAUGGGGCCUCACACGCCACAUGCUGCUCCUUCCAAUACCAUCACCAACCCUAGUGACUUCCUUAACCUUCUUUUCCAUAAGAACCAGACCCAAGCCAAACCCACGUCCACCGUGUCGACUCCUGGGUCCGUCGCCAGCCCGCAUGCUGCUCUGUCUGCUGGGCCUGUUGCCACGCUGGACCUCCAUCUCGAUCUACUCUCGCAUUCAGAUAUUCUCAUCGAUCCCACCAACCAGCAUUUGUACUAUUCCAACUACAACAACUAUUUCUAUGACAACCCAUACAAGUUGAACGAAAAUCUCGAGAUCCACCUCCACGCCUCCUCCAAACCUAAUAAGCUCCAUGAACUGCUGACCGAUUUGGUUGAAGGUCAGAAUCCUCACGUGACCACCAUGCCCUCGUCCAUCAUGAACAUCGUGCAAAGCCCCCUCCAGCCCAAGUUGGGAUUUCAUCUCUUGACACCGUCGGCCACUUCUGUGGGGAUGCCAACGUCGGCCCUCCAGAUUCAACCGUUGACCCGAUACUUGUUGAAUCACUACGUAAACCAUGUCGCGGACCUUAUGACGGUGCUCCCACUUACGGAAAGUCCUUGGAAAACCAUCUACUUCCCGCGGGCGUUGAUGGCCAUCGGUGAGUUGGGGGCGCUAGGCAAGACCUCUACUGCCAAGAAUGCGUUGCUCAAUGCGUUGCUUGCGGUGUCGGCAUUUAACUUACAAUCCAAGUUCCCCAAAAACAGCGACUCAAUGAAGUUCUACUUGAACUUGGGUAUCCGCCUCCGGAACCAGGCCAGUUUAUUUGUGAGGAAGUUAUUGGGAUCCUCGAGUGAUAUGUCCCAGCAAGAUAUCGAAAGUUGUCUCAAAAAUGAAAAGUAUAAGGAUGUUCUCUGUGCGGUGAUGUCGAUGAUCUCAGUGGAUCUCGUAUGGGGGACCAUGCAAGACACCAAUUUCUACAUUCGGUGGUGUGGGCGUGUAAUCAGCACGAAGAUGCAACAUAAGAAGAAGCUCUCGCCCAAAGCUCGGGUGUUACACCGGAUUUAUCUGUCGUUAAAGAUUAUUCAGGAUUCAACCUGUUUGAGCAUCGACAACAUCAAGCACGACUACCGGCUUAUUGAUGAGAACGGAUACGAUGUCAACGGUGAGAAUUUUGUCAAGCUGGAUAAGAAGAAUACUGAGGACAAAAACCCUUCAAGUGGCCGUCAUAAUACCACCCCAUUGUUCAUCAACAAGAAGUUGAUCAAUACCAAGCACCAUAACGAGAACUUUGCAACCGACGCCCUCUACGGGUUGCCCAACUCUUUAAUCACUUUAUUUGCUGAAACGGUGCGUUUAUUGCGUCAUAAGCUCUACAACAAGCAUGUGGCGGAGCAGGAGGACCAGGCAUACGUUCAGGCAGUGGCCCAGCUCGGGCUCCUCUUGGACCAUUGGCAGCUUGACUGGAAGUUGUACGCCGUAGUAGACGACGAGAAGAAGUUCUAUUCAUCGAUGCACCAGGUGACGUUUCAUCACAUCAUGUCGUUCUACUAUGCGUUAACCAUUUACUUUAACCGGCUCAUCAAAGAUCAACAUCCCAGCACCCUUCAGGAUAAAGUGAAGGUCACGUUGGAGCACUUGAACUCGAUUCAACGGCUCAUCAGUAAGGAGAAUGUUGGAAUCAUUCCGUUGUUCUGGCAGGGCUUUAUUGCCGGGUGUGAGGCAGUAACUCCAGAUGUGCAAGUCGGUUAUAAGAAAUGGGGAGCCGAUAUUGCCCAGUACUUGGGAAGCUACUGGGGGGCUCGACAGAUCAUGUUAGAGGUGUGGCGGCGUAAGCGGUUGCACUUGGCCAAGGAUGAUUGGGUGGGUGUGAUUACUGACUGGGAAAUGAACUUAAUGUUGAAUUAG